UCCCUGACCGCUGGUGAGACCGAAUCCGAGAUGAAACUGUUUUCGGCUAUUCUAGCCAUAUAUUUGGCACUUUUAUGCGCAACAGACCGAGGUAUUUUGUAAUUUUUCCAUACAGAGUAAUGUUCGCCGGGACCUAGCAAAUCAGCAAAAGAACUAACUCAGUGGAAAGCAAAAAACUAAUAACACUCAUAAUUAGGAAAUUGGUCACACGGAAUAAUACUACACUUAUUUAUCACAAUAUCAGGAGCCUCUGUAUUAUACCUGGGAACGUCGUUUUCGUCGCGUUCAGUUUUCCACCAAAUCGUCCAUUUUACAAAGAAAUCAUCUCAUAUCAAGCGAAAUUGUUUUGCGUGGUAUUAAACGCUAGUGGCGAGCGCAACAACGUAGCGACGGCGACGACGACAAAGACGAGAAACUAGAAAAGAAACAGAUUUAAUAAGCAAAAUAAAAACACUCAGUGGGGGAUCGCAAGAAAAAUGUUGUAAAACGCAGCCGGAUCGGAAUGAAAUCAUCAUUUCAUCUUUAGCGAUCGUUGCGGCUUCGAUUUCGUCAGAAAUACUUCUCCAAAAUCUUGGUUAUGAUCACUUCAUCGGCUACAAAAAAGAUAGUAUUGGCAUUUUUCCGUGAAAACGUUUGCAAUUUCCAGUCACUAGUACUCUUUCACAAAUUGAGGAUCCUACUUAGAUAUUGUUGAUUGAUGUGAGUGCAAUUUUUCUUGCAGUUCAGACAAGCAGUGUGAUUAAACGAAGUGUUGUCAAUGACCCAACACUUGCAAAACUGCAAGAUAUCGAGCGAAUACUUGGUGAGUAAAGUUGAUCCCGCAAAAAAUAAACCCCUCUUCCCCCACCCCCCGCCCCACGAACCAAUAGUUAGUCUUUGGUCAAUUUUUCUUCCAUUGCCUUCUUUCAAACAACAGUACCCACUUCGGGUACUUAUUUUAGAUAGAUAGAUAGAUAGAUAGAUAGAUAGAUAGAUAGAUAGAUAGAUAGAUAGAUAGAUAGAUAGAUAUAGAUGGAUAGAUGGAUAGAUGGAUAGAUGGAUAGAUGGAUAGAUGGAUAGAUGGAUAGAUGGAUAGAUGGAUAGAUGGAUAGAUGGAUAGAUGGAUAGAUGGAUAGAUGGAUAGAUGGAUAGAUGGAUAGAUGGAUAGAUGGAUAGAUAGAUAGAUAGAUCGAUAGAUCGAUAGAUAGAUAGAUAGAUAAUCUUUAUUUAUCCACGGUACAAAAUUCGUCAGCUUUAAAAAUGCCUAAUACUAAUAUAAUAAAAAUAUUUAAAUGAAAAAGCUGCUUUCCACGAAUGCCGUGCCUUACAGUUCUUUGAGUAAUCGUUUAAAUUGCCCAAGGGACUCUGCUUCCCUUAAGUUACAAGGAAGACUGUUCCAGAGAAUGGCGCCAAUAUAGCUGAAGCUGUUUUUGUAUUAGUUUGUGCGCGGUAAUGGAACAUUGACAAGUUUAUUUUCAGAGUCCCUUAGGUUAUAGCGGAGCUCCGGCGCGCGAAGCAAGCCAGCGGAGCACCAUGUAAUAAUGAUCGCCUUUUUUCCGAGAAAUAUACAGUGAAAGAUUAUAUUUCUAAUACUAAACUAGAAAAAGGCGAUCAUUAUUACAUCCAAACACGGUACAAGGAUCUUUUUUCCCAUUACAAUCUUAUUCUAAGAAAACUUUAAGAAAAAAUGUACCGAAAAGCGCUCGAAAAUACAAACGAAAUGUGCUCAUGCCCCCUGGGCAUCCUAUAAUACUCCUUAAAUAAUUCAAUAUGACCGCCGUAUCGGUAAAAAGGUCUAUUGUGAAAUACUGCAUUCUGACCGAGGUCUGUAUGAUAAAAACAGCGCCUCAUGGUACUGUUUCACCUCAGAUGUGGUGUAUAAAAAGUAUAAAAGGUUAGGUUUACACGUCCCCAGACUUGUUGGCUAGAUUUUGUAAAGUAAACUUGUCGAACGCAAAAAAUUCGGCCUGAUGUGUUUUCCAAGAAUUUUUUUUCCAGGUCUUAUCUACUGUGAUCAAGAGCCAUUAUGGCUAUGCUACUGGGUGUACAUAUAAGGCUAUUAACUCGAUGCAAGAUUAAGUUCACUCUUAGCUUGGACUGUUUGCAAAUUAUUUUUUUCUCUAAAAUCACUUAGCCUUUCCCUCAAAAGAGUCACAUGAAUGUGCUCUAAAGAAACGUGUUUAUUGUUUGAUUUAAAUUAUAAAUUCGAGUUGAUAGGAGCUUCGUGUUUAGCCCUGGCUAAAUCUAUAUAUUAUGCGACUUCUCGCCUUUCAAAUUUAGAACUAAGAUAGUUUGGAGCCAACCCGUGCAGAGACCUGUAAACCAUCGUAGCUCUUUAAAUUUGUUGCUGGCAAGCUAGGUUUUUCCACCCGAGAAGUUUGAAAAGGUGACCAGCAUCUACGUCAUAGCUUGAGUAGGUCAAAACACGGGCUGCUCUGUUUUGUAGCUUUUGAACCUUAUUCCGUAAAGUUAUCCCACAGUUUCCCCAAACAAUGUUGCAAUAAUCAAUUUUCGCGGUUCAGUGUUAUAAUUUGGCGUUUUUCGCGAAAAAGAAUCCUCGUCAAAUUUAAACACGCGAAAUUCAAUGACCAAAUAGUUCAUAGAAUAUUCAAAUCACAGAAAAGAUGAUAAAACAUGUAAUUAUAACGGCAUAUACACAGUACAAUAAUAAUUUGAGAAAUACACGAAUAAUCCACUGACUUUUAGUAAGUUCCGUUUUGUAUCUUCUAUGAAAGAGGGUGUUUUAAAUUAAUUAACAUUCGCAUACUGAAGAAGAAACUCUAGCUAGUAUCCGGCCCGAUGCCCAUACAGUUAAUCUACAAAUUUAGAAUGUCAGAAACGUUGGGGAAAAAAAAUCACCGGGUGAGAACAUUUGAAUCGCGAAAUUCAAUGCCUUUUGUUCAUAUGCUAUUAAUUAUUGAAAUCGCGAAAACCGGAGAUUGAGAUAAGACCCCGCGAAAAACUGUUACGAAUGUAACCACGAAAUUAACUACCAGUUACCGUAAAAUCCAGAGAAUAGGCCAGGGGCUUAUAUUUUUUCAAAGGCCCUUUUUGAGGGGCUUAUAUUGGGAAGGAAAUUUGCGUUUCAAAAUCGAUUGGGCUAGCCUUAUAGUUGGAAGUAAAUUUACCAUUUUUGCUUUGUUUUACUUUGUAUUUGAGGGCAGGUUUUCCAAGUACAAGCUUCCCGGGGGCAUAUAUUCGGAGGGGUGAUUUAACGGAGGGUUUUUUACGUUACCGGUUUGGGGGGGCUUAUAUUUGGAGAGGCUUAUACAUGGAGGGGCUUAUUUUCGGAAUUUUACGGUAGGUUUGUAAAACUUCCUACUUUUCUUUCAGGCGUUCCUUGUCCACAGGGCUGGGUGCGAUUCAAAGGAUACUGCUAUUUUGUCAGUAGCUCUAUCAAGACUUGGCAAAAUGCCCAAAUGCACUGCAUAGAACUGGGAGGAAAUCUGGUGAAAAUCAACAGCAAGGAGGAAAACGAGUUUGUACUAAACCUCGUAAACAAGCUCGCCCCAUCGCUGAAGCAGAUUUGGAUCGGACUCAAGUGGGACUCUCACGUAAAGGCCUAUGUGUGGUUCGAUCAUUCAGUCCCUACCUUCACCAAAUGGUCCUCAAAUGAACCAAAUUCAAAUGGUAUGGAGCCUUGUGGCAACAUGUGGACUGGUCACGCAGGGGAUUAUUUUAGGGCAUCUGGCGACUGGAAUGAU